CCCUCGGCUGGGCAGCGCCACCAGAGCGACCAAACGUCCCGCGCCUUCCAGGCCGCACCCAAGAGCCAAAAGAGUUCCAUGGCGGCGGCGGCCAAGCCGAAGAACCUUUCCCUGGUGGUGCACGGACCGGGGGACUUGCGCCUGGAGAACUAUCCCAUCCCUGAACCAGGCCCAAAUGAGGUGUUGCUGAGGAUGCAUUCUGUUGGAAUCUGUGGCUCAGAUGUCCACUACUGGGAGGAGGGUCGAAUUGGGAAUUUUAUCGUGAAAAAGCCCAUGGUGCUGGGACAUGAAGCUUCAGGAACGGUCGAAAAAGUGGGAUCAUUGGUAAAGCACCUAAAACCAGGUGAUCGUGUUGCCAUCGAGCCUGGUGUUCCCCGAGAAAAUGAUGAAUUUUGCAAGUCUGGCCGAUACAAUCUGUCACCUUCCAUCUUCUUCUGUGCCACACCCCCCGAUGACGGAAACCUCUGCCGGUUCUACAAGCACAAUGCAGCCUUUUGUUACAAGCUUCCUGACAAUGUCACCUUUGAGGAAGGCGCCCUGAUUGAGCCACUUUCUGUGGGGAUCCAUGCCUGCAGGAGAGGUGGAGUCACCCUGGGACACAGGGUCCUUGUGUGUGGAGCUGGGCCAAUCGGGGUGGUCUCUUUGCUCGUGGCCAAGGCAAUGGGAGCAGCUCAAGUAGUGGUGACUGACCUGUCUGCUCCCCGGUUGUCCAAAGCCAAGGAGAUUGGGGCUGAUUUAGUCCUCCAGAUCUCCAAGGAAAGUCCUCAGGAAAUCGCCGGUAAAGUAGAAGGUCUGCUGGGGUGCAAGCCGGAAGUCACUAUCGAGUGCACGGGGGCAGAGGCCUCCAUCCAGGCGGGCAUCUACGCCACUCGCUCUGGUGGGACCCUGGUGCUUGUGGGGCUGGGCUCUGAGAUGACCACCAUACCCCUACUGCAUGCAGCCGUCCGGGAGGUGGAUAUCAAGGGCGUGUUUCGAUACUGCAACACGUGGCCAGUGGCGAUUUCGAUGCUUGCAUCCAAGUCUGUGAACAUAAAACCCCUCGUCACCCAUAGAUUUCCUCUGGAGAAAGCUCUGGAAGCCUUUGAAACAUUUAAAAAGGGAUUGGGGUUGAAAAUCAUGCUCAAGUGUGAUCCCAAUGACCAGAAUCCCUGAUGUUUAUUGGCUUUGCCCUCAUCCGCACAGUAUCGGGAUCUCAGGGCACAAUGGCUGGACAGGGGUGGGCUUUCAUGCAGAACUUUCUCUUUUGAAUGUUAAGAAUAAUUAAUACAACUCAUCAUGAACAGAAGUCCUUAUGCAGAGGAAUUGGUGUGCCUUAAAGAUACAAUCUGGGAUGGUUUGGGGGAACUUGUAGCCAGAGUGGCCUGUUCAUGCUGAGCAAAGUCCAGCAAGCAGAGCGGAGUUUGGCAGGCAGGUGCCGGGAACUCUUCCUGGAGUGCCUUCAUUGAGUAAGGAAAUCUGGCCCGUGGGUUUCCUGGUUCCACUGCUACUGACCCGGAGGGGAAUGAGGGCUGAGUUAUGAAAAGAUAACUUCUGAAGACUUAACUGGCCCAGAAGCUGAUUUUCAUGAAAACCUGCCACUCAGGGUCUGGGAUGAAGGCUUGUCAGCACAUUCAGUUUAGAAUGCAAUGUCUCUAGAGACACAUUGGCUGUUUGGUUUGAUGAUAAAAGGAGAGUAAGAAAAGGCAUCACCUUCCUGGAUCCAGGAUAAUUUUCAGACCAAUCAAAUGAAACAAAAAAGGAAGUGUCAUGUGAGGUUAAACCAGCUUGCAUUCCGCUAAUGUGGAAAAAGUAAGAGGACUUCUCAGCACUAUUUGAAGAUUGCCUCUUUUUCAACUCCUGAGAAUUGUGUUAUUUCACUUGCCAAGUGAAGGCCCCCCUCCCCAACAUACCUCACCCCACC